AUGACUGGUCUGGGAGGCAGUCCGGGCUCUUCCGCGCCUCAGUCCUUCAAAGCACUUCUGAGUGAAGGUAACACCAUCCGCCGGAACCUUGCAAAGGUGCCCAAGGACCAGCAAAAGCUCCUUGACAGACCUGACUCCUGGUUCACAUCUCACAAAGACACCAAUGGACCACCUAACCUCCCUGCCGGCGUCCUUGAGAGCCUCAGAGAAUUCCACGCAGCCCGCCCCUGCAUUGCUUCGACAUACGCGGCCGACUCCCACCAGUCCUUUCAAGCGCCCCAAGUUGUUCACGAUACCCCGGGUGCUCCCAGAACCCUCGCCCGCGUUCCAGAAGUUGAGUAUUUCUUGGCUUCACAAGCAGGACCUUCGGGUUCGAAGUCAGGCACAGAUCUCCCGGCAGCCACAAUCACAGACGAGCAGAGGGCAACAAUUGCAGAGGAACGGGAUCCCAUGAUCAUGGAAGAAGAUGCUGAAAAGGAGACCAUUGGCAUGAAAAAGCCAGUGCUACGCGUGAGUAUGGACGAUCCCAUGCGUUGGAAGAAGGCAGAUGACAAACGGGAACUCAUCCAGUGGUUGAAUGACAAUUGGGUGGAGUCCGACUGGCUUCCGCCGCCUUUGCAGGAGUAUCGAUCCACUCUUUCCUUCAGCAGUCUCAAGACGUUGCAGAAUAUCACCAAGCUGGCCAUUGACGGAGGAAUUGAUCUUUUGAGUCUAUGGGCUGAGCCCGACGGCUGCCUCUACCGCACAAUCUCCAGGCAAUCGAAUGGAAAGCUCUCCUUUCCUGAAGAUCUGAAUCACGAAGCUCUUGAGCCUUUAGCGAAGGCUUCACGACUGGCAAGAGAGAGAAGAGCUGCGCGAAUCGACCCCAUUGCGCCACGACGCCAACCGACUGUCGAGCCUUCUGCAGUCGCAGCUCCCGUCAGAGACGAAGCGGCUGUGGAGAACGCAGAAAACGGCAGCAACAUGUUGCCGGAUUUCGCUGAGUCAUCGCAUCCUCCAAGAGAGGAAACCUUGGAAUGGUUCUCGCAACAACCCGCAAAGGCUUUUCAGAACGCAUACCCGUCUUUCACAGGGAGUGUUGCCGAUUUUGUCAGAGCGUGCAUUGUGGUCAAGGGACUUCAGCGCAAGCAUCAGCUUCCCAAAUGGCUGUACGAUGACUUCAUCCGGGCAUUCGUGGACGGUUACACUUCAUAUAUGGAUGAAGUAGAUAAGUCGUCCUCUAUUGCAAAGCCAAUGUCAGCCAUAAGAUGGUACGUGGCCAAUGUUGAUCGGCCCGUCUAUCAGAAAGAUGUGGUAACGGCCGAUAAUCUGGAUCGAAUCUUCGAGAUCUACUCCGAAGAGGUCGGAGAAGCCAAGAAAUGGCUGUUGGAUGGGAUCUCGUCCUCGCCAAUUGUUCUUGAAACACCGCAGAGGCCGGCCGUGAAUGUCUCGAUGCCGAGCAAACACGCUUCGCCGACGUUGCCAGUGGCCAGUAUACCGAAGGAUGACACGAUGGAACCUCCCAACGCCUCUGGCACUAUGGCCCUCUGCUCGCCUGCUGAAGGUUUACGUUCGCCUCGGGAGGUGCAAGCUGCAUCAGAGGUCGUUCGGGCUCCCAUGAUUAGAGAGCAGCCUGAUUCCAGAGACGAAGCCUCUCUGCCCAAGCCGAAGCUGAACCCCAGCCGACAAGACAAAGACAAACAACGAAUGGCAGACGAGGAACCUCCGCGCCGUGUCUCUCCAAUCACACCAACGCUGCGACGCCAAAAGUCGCCUGCUUCAGCAGAUGAUGAUCUGGUUUUCGUUUCGAGUCACCCGCGAUCUCGUCCUGCAUCAGUCCAAGCGGCGAGUACAGAGAAGAUUAUCAAGCAUGAGAGCCCAACGGUCCAUCGUGCUUCCCCUCUUGAUCGGUCUACUCCACAGAAGGUCCCCGCCAUCAACCAAGCGAAUGGGACCUUGUCAGAGAGACGGCGGACUGGAACCAUUGCAGAGACGCCACCGCCAGCACCGAAGACCGCGGCCGCCUUUCCUGGAAACAAAGUGACAUCGGGAGCGGGGAAGACUGCCGUGCGUCGAACUCUACCCGCUUCAUUCGAUUUCGGCCCUCCUUCGCGUCCUGCGGUUAGCAGCCCGGCACGGAGUACCCUCUCCGCUUCUACCCAAGACGCACGAGUCAAGAAGCCGAAGAAAACGGAGAAGGAAAAACAGGAGGCGUACAGAAGAAAGAUCGCGAAACUUUUCAAGCAGGGACGUCUUCCUGGAUCCACUCCUGCGCCUAAAGGCGGGGAUGCUUAA